GGCAGAUGGUAAUUGGAUAAAAUAAUCACUGUCACAUGUUCAUAAUAAACCCAAAAGAAUGAAGUUGGGUUCUAUUCCAAACACCCUCCUCACCUCCUUCUUUCCUUCCCUAAUUUUCAAAUUUCCCAUUUCACUUCCAUUCUCUCACCCAGGAAUCCCUUCUUCAGGCAGAACGGCCUUAGUUAUUCGCAUGCAAAGCACUGAUCAUAGAAUUGAACCAAUAUCUAGUAAUUUGAUGGCUUCAGAAAAUGAAUCCGAAAAACUUGUCAGAAAUCUCUACCCGCAAAUAGAACCCUACAGUACAGGAUUUUUGAAGGUUUCGGAUCUUCACACAAUCUACUGGGAGCAAUCAGGAAACCCCAGUGGCCAUCCGGUUGUCUUCAUUCAUGGAGGCCCUGGAGGAGGAACUUCCCCAAGCAACCGAAGAUUUUUUGAUCCGGACUUUUAUCGAAUCGUUCUAUUUGACCAGCGAGGUGCAGGGAAAAGCACACCACAUGCGUGCUUAGAGCAAAACACCACAUUGGAUCUCAUUGAUGACAUUGAAAAGCUACGAGAACAUUUGGAAAUUCCAGAAUGGCAGGUAUUUGGUGGAUCGUGGGGAAGCACCCUUGCCCUUGCAUACAGCCAAGCUCACCCAGACAAGGUUACUGGCAUUAUCCUCAGGGGAAUUUUCCUCCUAAGGAAGAAAGAAAUUGAUUGGUUUUAUGCUGCUGCAAUAUAUCCUGAUGCUUGGGAGCCAUUUAGAGAUCUUAUUCCUGAAAGUGAGAGAGGAUGUUUCGUUGAUGCCUAUAAUAAGAGAUUAAACUCCAAUGAUAUCGAAACUCAGUAUGCAGCUGCUAGAGCAUGGACUAAAUGGGAAAUGAUGACUGCUCAUCUUCUCCCAAAUGAAGAUAAUAUCAAAAAAGGGGAUGAUGAUUACUUUUCAUUGGCAUUUGCAAGGAUUGAAAACCACUAUUUUGUGAACAAGGGAUUCUUCCCCACUGAUUCAUACCUGUUGGACAACAUUGAUAAAAUUAGGCAUAUCAACACCACAAUCGUGCAGGGAAGAUAUGAUAUGUGCUGUCCUAUGAUGUCAGCCUGGGAUCUUCAUAAAGCUUGGCCAGAGGCAGAUUUUAGGGUGGUUCCAGAUGCAGGGCAUUCAGCCAAUGAACCAGGCAUAACUGCUGAGCUUGUGGCUGCAAAUGAGAAAUUAAAAAACAUAAUCAAGAACAAAGGGGAAUGAAGAGAGUAGAGAAAGCAAAUAAGGACUCUGGCUAAUCAAAUGCUGCAAAAUCUACGAGUUUGAUGUCUACAAGCAAAACAUUUGAAGUGGUCAUGUAUUCAAAAUCACUAGCAUACAGUGUAAAAUUGAGUUGUCUUUGUCAUUGUCAUAACAAAAACACUCCGAUCAACCAAAUUUCUUGUUUGUGUUAAAUUAUCAUGGUUAUGUAGGCAUAACGUGGGAUUAUUUUC